GUAUGGGAAUUCCGUGUCCGAACCGACGCGAGCAGUAGUCUUGCGAUGGAAAUGUAAGGGAAGCGUGACGUCCACGCCACAAGCACCUGCGGCCGCCGCGACCGAUGUUCGGCGCACUGACAGCGGGAAUUCGGUGGACAUCCCUGUCCCGGAAGACCCUUUCUUGGGGGUCGCCAAUCUCGAAAUCAACGUCAGUCGAGAGGCCCGCUACGAAUCUAAAUCUCCGUGAACACCUGGCUGAUAGCUGACGUUCUCUCGGCGGUUACGACAAUCAACUUCUGGAGUGUCACUCUCCUCCUGCUUAGACUACAAAAAUGCUGUCAAAAUCAGCACGGAGUCGGUGGGUGCUGUGCUUCGCUCUCGCUGUGUUCCAAAUACUGGUGGGAUUGUCUGUUGCCACUUUGGCGGUUGUGCAGAUGGUGUUGUUGAAGUAUUUCCACAUUCAAACGCCCCACGUCGAAAGCUGUCACGAUAGCACAGUUGCAGCUGUGUUACAAGGUAUCACGCUGCUUGUUGCGGGAACAAUGGGUAUUGCUGCUUACGGCCCGAUGGUGAGGCAGGGUGCGUGUCCGGCGCCCAAGCUGGUCCUCGUCGUGAGUUACGUUCUGUUUUCUGCUGUUGUUGCAUUCGUCGGAUACAAUGCAGCGGCCUCCCACGGCUGCUUCGCUCUAGGGAGAGGCGGUGAAAAGGAGAUAUUUGGCAUAGUGGUUGCUCGUGUGGUUCUGUCCUUCAUUUGCCACAUCGUCGGCGGACUCGGGGCCGGAUUCGCGGUGCCUGAUGCCUGUAGCGGUAUCUUGAAAGCGAAUCAGGACAAGGCAGCCUUGCACGAUUUCGUUCAAAGGAUGGAUUCACAAACCGUCGGCAGCCUCGAUAAGCAGGUCACGGUCAUCACCCUCCCGAAAGACGGGGCGACUAUAUACGCGGUCCCGGAAGAUCAGUUCGUGGUGCAGAAACGCGACGGAAGUAUCACCGUUCCCUCCACGGAUGUUGCGAAACCCGAAGCAAGCGAACGAGUGCAGUUGUUGACAGAAACAUGACCGUCGAGUUUUUAGAAUCGAAAUCCGCCAUUAUGCGUCCAAGCACCUAGAGAAUUUCGGUAUGAGGGCGGGGUUCUCGGAGAAGAUCUCAUAUCGGGCAACUGACAUUAUCAGAGAAUCUCGAGCAGACGCAUUUUUCUCAUGCUCGACUCUCUCGAGCGCAAGUUCCUCCGGGUCCGAGUCCGAGGCGAGUACCCAUACAUGAUCUCCGAACCUUGUUCUAGUUCUUCAUACAGUUUUCCUCUUCGGGACGCGAACUCGAUGCCCAAGCGAGCCUCAGAAAAUUCUCCGCUACGGCUAGACCGAGAGUGAUGUGAGCGGUGUCCGCUAAUUCAUACAUUGAUCUCUUGGGUAUUGCACCGACACUAGAGCAGACGUUCGCCAUGAAAAGCGACCUCGGCGCUCUCUGCCUCUGAUCUUUCAUGGAUAAAUCAGCGAUCGUACAUCAGGCAUGUGUACCGAGUACGGUGGUCCACCGGCCUUCGGCUCCGCGGGGCCUCGCGGUCGGCUGGCCUCAGCCUUCUCGUCGCAUUUGAGAUUAUGCGGAGUUAUACGUAUGCACGUAGAAUAAUCCAAUGCCACAUGGAAUAAAACAAUUG